AUGAUUCUCUCCAAUUAUCUUCUGGACAUCAAGGAAAUGCAGAGAAAGAUGAGCAAAGACGAGUUAGCCGACUUCUUAAGGUCCGCGCACAACGUCCCAAUCGCUGCUAUAGACAGGUUCAUCGUGAUGCAGAAUCGGCAGGCUGUCAAUGUCCAGAACCCUUCUCUUCUGGCAAAGAACCUUGAACAUCUCAUUGGAACUGAUCACUUCGAAGAGAGGAUCCUGCAGCUGAAAAGCUCCAUUCACACAUUGACGGAGCAGAUUGAGGCUUGUCACGGAGACGUUUCCUUAAUCGAGGAGGAGCGAGAGCAGCUUCUUCCUCAGGUGCAGAAGUGGGAAAGACAGGAUGGACGAAAACUCUUGUUCCAAGCGCAAGCAACGGAAAAAAAGCUCCGACGCAAUUUGGAAGAUCAUCACAAGCACCUGAAGGACCUUAACAAGUCUCUGGAGCACCUGAAGCUCCAGGUCGUGAAAGCCGAGAGCCGGUUGAACGAGUUGUUUAAGAAGCAAGAGGCAGAACGGAAACGGUUGAGCACCCUUCACGAAGAGAUGAAGCACUUGGAAAAGUUGGUCACAGUGACACUUGCGGAGAACGUCUCAACAAUCGAUGAAAAGGCCAGGGUGACCCAGGAACUUGCGCGGUUGGAAGGAGAACUAGCAAGAAAGAACACUGCUGUGCUUCCCGCCUUGAAAGGGGAGUUGACGGAUCUAGAGGUCAGACUCAGUGCAGUGCAGCAUCAAAAGGAAAGAGCUGCAACUUCAGAGGACGAUCGAUUCCGGAGGUUUGACGAAGCGGCGUCGGACCUGAGAACCUGCUUCGGCGGAUCUUUCUUCGGCAGAAUUCAAGACGUAGCGGCGGCGCCCCAAGAGUUUCUCACGGCGGUCAAUGCGGUUCUCUUUUCCAGCAUGAAUCUUUCUUCGAGUUUCAUCACCGAGGACCGGCACACGGCAAGUCAGGUGCUUGAGUACUUUAAGGCCAACCGGAUUGGGCUAGCGUCUUGUGACAUUCUGGCGGAGCUGCCAGACCCAAGGCCUUUGUCAGCAAUUUCUCUGGGACCUCAUGCAACCCCAUUGGCUUCCAAAGUUCAUUCGUUCGACAAGUUUCAGCCAAUCGUGAACAAGUAUUUCGGCAACUGGGUUGUCGUUUCAAAUUCUCUACAAGCAGUGAGAAUCUUAGAGUCAGCGGAGGCAAGGAGAAUGAAGCCCUUCAAUAUCGUGACCCUCUCGGGAGAAAUCUUCAAGAAGGUGCGUUCCGGAACCCCUGCCUUCAUCUCCGAGAGGAGUGAUGUCAGAAAGAGGCGCUCCAGGAUUCAAUACCUCGAAGCCCGGUUGCUUGACUUGUUAGAAGAAGAAACUUCAUGGGACCCGAAGCGAGAAUCUGGAGAAGUCGUUGCAAGGGUGGAGGCAACCAAGGAGAAGCUUGAACGAUUGAAUUCAGAGGCGAAAGCGGUCGAAGACGAAAGCAAGAAUCUAGAACACGAGAGGGAGGCUUUGCAAAGGCGGCAACUGGAGGCCAACAAAGCUGUGAGCAGUGCGAUAAGGGACCUGGAGAAGGUUCGACUGGAGAAGAGCAAGACGGAGGAGGAGCUAGCUGACCUGCUGGCGGAACGGGCCAUGGCAGCAGAGAAGCUUGCUAGACUAGAGCAAGCGCUUGUCUGCGUGCCAGAGAUUCCUCCCACGAAGCGGCAAAAACCGCAAGGCGACCCGGACACCGACGAUCGGGACCGUGUAAACGCCCCUGACCCAGCAGAAUCAGAAGAUAGCGACACCGAAACGCUGGCCGACAGACUAACGAAGUUGGCAGAGGAAGAAGAGGAACUGGCCAACAUGAAAAGAUCAAUCGAUCCAGACGCUCUUCAAAGAGACGUGUGCUGCAGAAAAACCCUUGCGACUACUUCGCAGCGGCUGGAAAAGCUAAGCCUGGAGCUGCAGAGUGCAAUAAGCCAGAGAGACAGCUUGGAGAACCAGCGCUUCGAAGCGUUCGUGAGCACCAUGACGCAGGUGAACCAGCAAUUAUCCAGCAUCUACCGGAAGCUCACCAGACACGGGGAUGCGUACCUCAGCUACACGGAAGACAAGAGCGUGCUGUUUGCCGACGGGGUCUCCUUGCUCGUCCGACCCGACCGCCACAAAUGGCGGAACUUCUCGACUCUCUCUGGUGGUCAGCAAGCUCUGGCCGCAUUGGCCCUGUCGUUCAGCUUGCAAGCUGUCUUUCCGUCUCCUUUCUACUUCUUCGACGAGAUCGACGGGUCCCUCGACACCAAAAAUGCCCGCCUCAUUGCUGAGUAUAUCAGGGAGCAAAAUACAGCCCAGUACAUCGUCGUUUCGCACAAGCCGGAGGUCUACGAGUUGGCACGGACCCUCGUUGGCGUCUACCAAGACAAGCAAAGCUCAGCUUCACUGACUGUUCAACUCUAA